AAUCUUUCUUUUCCUUUUCAAUUCAAUUGAUUUGAGAGGGAUUGGAUUUAUACUAACCAAUCCCUUCUUUUUUUUUUUUUUUCCUCCUCUCUUAUCCAAACUGACUUUCUCCAUUUUCUUUCCUUUUCUUUUCUUUCCCCAACCAAACACAGAGGAAUCCCUGCUUUCCCUCCAUCCAAUUCCCUCCAACCAAAUAGACGGUAAGACGAACCAUACCAUGCCUUGUCGUUUGAUGGCACGAAACAAAUACGAGUGUUCUGUCUAAACACCAUCGGAACAACGGAACUCUCUCCCGCCCCCAACUCCAGCCCCCGACACCCGUCUCCGCCCCCGUCUCUUCUUCUUCUCCGUCGCCCGAGCCUUUCUGUUUCUCUCCCCUGUCUCUUCUUCUCCUCCGUCGUCUACACGGAUUCUAUUCGUUUCCUCUUGCAGCAUCGCUUGCAGCUCAUCAGCGGGCGUCCUCGAGCAGCUCCUCAGGGCGUCUUCCAGCGGCUCUUGGGCGGUGGCUGCGGUGGAGUUAGUUCCUUAGAGUGAAAGCAAGGGUUUUCUUGGUGCACUAGUGAGCAGCUUCUUCGUGUUGGGUGUGAUCUUUCUGUCAAGAUGCUUCCCUUGUCCCUGCUGAAGACGGCACAGGGACAUCCCAUGUUGGUGGAGCUUAAGAAUGGAGAGACAUACAAUGGUCACUUGGUAAAUUGUGAUAGCUGGAUGAAUAUUCAUUUACGUGAAGUCAUUUGUACAUCUAAGGAUGGAGAUCGUUUUUGGCGAAUGCCAGAGUGUUAUAUUCGUGGAAAUACCAUCAAAUAUCUUAGAGUUCCUGAUGAGGUGAUCGACAAAGUUCAAGAAGAAACUAAUAAAAGCCGAACAGAUAGAAAACCUCCAGGUGUAGGGCGUGGAAGGGGAAGAGGCAGAGAUGACAGCAGUGGCCGACCAGCAAAGAGCAUUGGGCGGGGCCAAGAAGAUGGAUCUGGUAAAGGUGGUGGCAGUGGUCGUGGUAGGGGUGGAUCUGGAGGCAAAGGUACUGGGAGUAAAGGUGGUGGACGUGGACGCGGUUGAUCUGUUGCAGAGGGUAAUGGGCAAAGGUGCACAAUGGAUGAAGUUUCAAAUGUUUUAUCAUGGCUGCAGCAUCUUGUUGAGGACGUUAUACUUCUCGUGGGGUUGGGCUUGUGGAUGUAAGAUUAUAUAUUACGGUGAUCUUUCACCAAAAGCUAAUGGUUAGGGAUGAAAGAUUUGCAGGUUACAAUUCCUUUGGUUUAAAUAGAAUCUGAAAUUUUUUUGGUUGGCCCUUCUUUUGCUUUUCUAUUGCCUGUUCAUUUACUUUUCAAGUCACAUUUUCUGUUGGUUUAUAUAGUUUAACUGACUUUUAGUA